UCCGCAAUCUGCUACUCGGGUCUGAGUCCGUGUCACGGAGUCAGCAUGGCGGACGUCGUGUGUGAAGUCGCCGCUAACUAGCGUCACUAGUCUCUUUAACCGCGUCGGUCGAUUAACCGGUUAACUGGUUGUCUCGUUAACGACCGACCGACAUGCUGACGGCCGUCGCCUGUUCGUGUGUGCGGGGCGGGAGGAGGAUGUCCGCCCCGGUGGCUCAGCUGUCGCUCCUCUCUGCGAAGAGCUCCCCGAGGUGUGUGACUCCAACCCGGGUACGGGACGCGUCACAGCACCGGUCCCCCGGGCUCCUCACCCCGGCUCCCUGGCUCCUGCCCUCGCUCCGGUGUGUGUCCCGGUCGCAGCCCAGCCCCGGUGGCCCCCCGGCCCCAGAAGAUGGAGAGAACUUCGGCUCCCUUUCCGCCGAUAUCUCCUCCCGGAGGUCGUUCAGGAAGAGCGGCCCGGACACCCAGGAGCUGCGGCACCCAGAGCAAGAGUCCCGGGAUGAUGAUGAUGAUGAGGAGGAGGAGGAGGAUGUGAGGAGGCCCCGGAGGAGAAACACACCACACUGGUACUUCUUACAGUGCAAGAGGCUGAUUAAAGAGAAGAAGCUGCAGGAGGCUCUGGACCUGUUCAGCAGAGACAUGCUGCAGGUGGAGAAGCUGCAGCCGGAGGAGUCCAACUACACCGUCCUGAUCGGAGGCUGUGGUCGAGCCGGACAACUGAAACAGGCCUUCAGACUCUACAAUGACAUGAAGAAGCGAGGUCUGGAGGCCGUAGAUGCGACCUACACCGCACUGUUCAACGCCUGCGCCCAGUCGCCUUCAAAACAAGCCGGUCUGCAGCAAGCGCUGAAGCUGGAGCAGGAGCUCCGCCGCAAGAACUACCCCCUCAGCACCAUCACGUACCACGCCCUGCUCAAGACACACGCCUUCACCAACCACCUGCAGGCCUGCAUUCACACGCUCAGGGAGAUGCUGCAGAACGGACAUGUUGUAACUCCGGAGACAUUUCACUACCUGCUGAUGGGCUGCCUGAAGGACAAAGAAACAGGAUUCAGACUGGCUUUACAGGUUUGGCGCCAGAUGUUGAAGUCAGGGAUUCGUCCAGACUCUAAGAAUUAUACCCUACUCUUAAGAACUGCAAGGGACUGUGGGAUUGGUGAUCCUGCCCUGGCCUCCAGCGUUCUGCUCAGUCGUGAGUGGGAGAGUCUGAAAGAGACGCCACAAGUGUCAAAUGUCAAGUCAAGGUCGAGACGUAAGGACACAAUAGACAUUGAGCUUCUGGAGAGGCAGCUGUUUAUCGAACCUGGUUCACUCAGACACGGUGACGAGUCCGUCAGCAGAGGAGAAUCCAACCAGCUGAUACCAGUCAGUCAAAGAGAAAGCCCCCCCCUCUCUGUUGACUCAGUGAAUUACUCACCCCCUAAUCUGCUGGACCUUUUUGAGGGGAGGAAGUGUGCGGUGGUCUCCCUCGGCGCUGUAGAUGGAGCAUAUGAUCGGCUCGCCCUGAUCGGAGGAGCUGAAGGUUUUCUGGAAAAGAUGGCAGCUAACGGACUCAGUCCUGACCUCAGGACUCUGACGCUGCUGGGGGACACGAUGGAGCCGGGCUACCAGUCUCUGCAGAUGCUGCUGAGGGCCGCCAAGAAGCAUCACGUGAAGCUCGACGUAGCGUUCUUUAACUCUGUGAUUCGCAGGGCGACCAGAGCUGGUGACCUGGAGGCGGCACAGGGCGUGUUGAGUGUGAUGCGGCAGCGACACGUGAGCGUGGACGUGCAGACAUUUGGAAGCCUCGCAUUAGGCUGCGAGCGACAGAAAGACGCCCUGCAGCUGCUAAAGGACAUGGAGGGGGCGGGGCUCAGGCCGAACGUGCAUGUGUUCUCAGCUUUGAUUGGCAGAGCAACGCGGAGACUGGAUUACGUCUACCUUAAAAUGAUCCUCAAAACUAUGAGCGAGAUGGAGGUGUGGCCGAACGAGGUCAUCAUCAAGCAGCUGGAGUUUGCCGCACAGUAUCCUCCCAACUACAACCAGUACAAGUCCAGAAACAACUACCUGGUCCAGAUCGAUGGGUUUCGUGGUUUCUACCAGGAGUGGCUGAAGGUCACGCCUGCUCUGGAUGUGAAGGAUGAACAGGCAGAGCUUCACAUUGAAACAGAAGCUGCAGAGCUGGAAACCGAAGCUGCAGAUGGACUGACAUCAUCUCAGAGGAACCAGAGAGCAGCAGCUCGGAGAUAUUAUUCCCGUAAGGACAAGACUGCUCUGUAACAACACUCUUGAAAAAUAUCUUUCUUCAUUCUCUUCUUGGAAAACUGCUGAAUGGACUGUAUGUUAUUUCAUUUCACACAAGAAAAUCUAUGAUAUUGUUAUUUAUAU